AUGCGAAUAGGCGCAAAGCAGACACUCUUGGAACGCGAGAAAUGCUCAGCCAAGCGCGUCGCCAAGCAAGCAAAAGAGACCAACACACUCUCUCUCUGCUCCGCCAAAUCACUCAGCAGACAAGCCCAGCUCGCUUUGGUGGAAUUUUAUGGCAGCGCGUCGCGGGAUCACUUUGCAACUCGCCUGCCUUCGCGUAGAGUGGUCAAGCACCAACGCGCGCAGCGCCUCACCGCGUUCUGGAAUUUCACUCAAUCCAACGACCAAGCCAAAGCAAAGUGUCGAUCUUCAACAGUCUUGGAGUGCGAAGCUCGUGUGUGUCAGGCACUUGAUCAACAUCACUCGGCUGCAACCCUUCCCUUCUUCCUUCUCCACACACACCUGCUCCCCUCCAAUCUCGGAUCUGGACUCGACAGCAACGAAGAACACUACUUCCUAAACAACAAACACUCGACCUUUGCAACCAUGUUGGAAGCUCGUCUCCGGGAGGCUGUCCUCCUCAAAAAGGUGCUCGACGCCGUGCGCGAGCUCAUCACCGAUGCCAACUUUGAGUGCUCCGAGGACGGUAUCCGUCUGCAAGCGAUGGACAACUCGCACGUCGCACUCUCCGCCAUCGAACUCCGCACCGACUGCUUCGAAGAAUUCCGCUGCGACCGUCCCAUGUCGAUCGGCGUCUCCCUCUCCUCGCUCGGCAAGAUCCUCAAAGGUGCCAACAACGACGAUGUCCUCUCGCUCAAGAAGUCCGACGACGGCGACACGCUCCAGAUGACCUUCGAGUCGCCCAAAUCCGACCGCGUCGGUGAAUUUGAGAUGAAGCUCAUGGACAUUGACUCGGAACACCUCGGCAUCCCCGACACCCAGUACGACGCCGUCGUCAAGAUGUCUUCGGGUGAGUUCGGUCGCAUCUGCCGCGACCUUGCCAACAUCGGCGAGAGCGUCAAGAUCGAAGUCUCCAAGGAAGGCGUCAGCUUCUCCGCGGAAGGUGAGAUCGGUGCUGCACGAAUGACACUCAAGCAGGGAAGCGGUACCGCCGUACUGGCGGAUGAGGACGAUGACGAUGACGAGGACGUCAAGCCUGCCAAGAAGAAGCGCAAGGCAGAGGCCAGCAGCGGUGGCGGUCAGGUUCCCGUCAAGAUCGAGAUGCAGCAGGCGGUAAACUUGACCUUCAGCUUGAAGUACCUUAGCAACUUUGCCAAGGCCGCUCCACUGGCGGAUGAGGUUCAGUUGCAUAUGAGCAACGAGGUUCCCCUUUUGUGCGAGUUCGGCUUCGAAAAUGGAUACGUGAGGUUCUACCUCGCUCCCAAGCUGUCCGAGGACGACGACUGA